AUGAAGGCCAUCUUGUUGCUGGCUGCUGUUGCAGUAGUCCUCUUCGGUGUCUACCGCCUCGUUCAGGUGGGCAAAAGAGACCCUCGUAUGCCUCCAGGUCCUCCUACCGUGCCCAUCCUAGGCAAUCUGCUUCAAAUACCCACUAUAGGUCUCUAUAAGAAAUUCCUAGAAUGGAGCCAAGAAUAUGGCCGCGUGUACUCUUUGAGGUUUGGCAACAAGAAUGUCAUUGUUCUUUGUGAUAGGGAGGCGAUCCAUGACUUGAUCGACAAAAAAGGAGUUAUUUAUUCGGACAGGCCUUCCGGUUACGUUGGCAAGCUACUAACUCUUGGUGACCACAUGGUUGUCUCAUCGCUUGACCCUUUAACUGCGCAGAAGAGGAAAGUGGCCACUCACAACCUCGCUCCAAGAAUUAUCGACGAGAAGCUGGCGCCCAUCCAGGAAUCAGAGUAUAUCACCCAACUCAUGUUCGACUUCUUGGAGGAUCCUGACCACUUCUACCAGCAUGUUCGUCGAGUGACCUCUUCAAUUGCUUGCAGCUUCGUUUAUGGGCACCGAGGACCAACUUACGAUUCUUUCUGGGGAAGUUGCGUUUACAAGGCUUUAGAAGUUUUUGGAGCCGCACUCGAACCAGGAGCGAAUCCUCCCGUGGACGAAUUUCCAUUCUUGCAGUACUGGCCCACCUUUCUAUCACCAUGGAAGCAGAGGGCAAAUAGAUCCAGAACCUUGAUGGAUUCAAUUUGGAGCGAAGCCCGGAGGAUGGUGGAGGAGCAGAGAGCUCUUCGGUCCCCUACCUGGUCUGACUUUAGGAGACUCCCAUACGUCAAUGCGAUUGUCAAGGAAGGCAUGAGGUACCGCCUAGUCAUCUCAAGCGGGCUACCGAGACAGAACAAAGUCGAGGAUAGUUACGAGAGUAUGCUCAUCCCCAAGGGCUCGACAAUCUUUAUCCCAAUAUGGGCGAUCCACCACUCCGAGAAAUUAGGGUAUCAAGAGCCCGAUACCUUCAACCCAGAUCAGUAUAUUGGCUUCAAUAGAUUGGCGAAUGAUUAUGCUGGCAGUCCCAACUUUCAAGAUCGUGAUAAGUUACCCCAUAAUAUCUUCAGUGCUUAA